GUAGCUACUUGUUUUUAGGGGAAGAAAACAACAUCCACAAUCACUCCUUUUCAAAUUCGGAUUUUUAUUCUUUCUGCUCUUUCGAGUGAUCUCAUAGUUUUUUUAACUUCUUCACUGCAAUGGCGAGAAGACAUGGAUGGCAACUUCCAGCCCACACAUUUCAGGUUGUGGCUAUAACUGUAUUCUUCUUGCUCACUAUCGCAUACUAUGCCUUCUUUGCUCCUUUUCUCGGGAAGAUACUCUAUGAGUAUAUCGCCAUUGGUGUCUACUCAUUCUUGGCGUUUACGGUUUUUGUUCUGUACAUCCGAUGCACUGGUAUAGACCCUGCAGAUCCUGGAAUCUUUGUAGAUGCUCUUAACACUCCAGCUCAUAAGUCACAGAACAGUAACUAUGUUCCUGAGAAUAAUGUGCCGUAUACUAGACACGGCUCAGGGUGCUGUAAUGCUGUAGGAAGGUUCUUUUGUGGUUGUGUAGUAAUACAAGAUUGUCGUAGAGACACUCAUCAAGAGCAGUCAGGGGAACAAGAAGAAGCUUUGUUCUGCUCUUUGUGCAAUGCUGAGGUACGUAAAUUUAGCAAGCACUGUCGAAGUUGUGGUAAGUGUGUCGAUGGGUUUGAUCAUCAUUGCCGGUGGCUGAAUAACUGUGUGGGGAAGAAGAACUACAUGAGCUUUGUGUGUCUUAUGGCGGCUAGCUUCUUCUGGCUUUUAGUUGAAUUUGGAGUUGGUGUUGCUGUAUUUGUUCGAUGUUUUGUGGAGCAAAAGGCUAUGGAACAUCUUAUAACUGAAAAGCUUGGACUUGGCUUCUCCCGUCCUCCUUUUGCCGCUAUUGUGGUUGUUUGUACAACUCUCUCGUUUGUGGCUAUAAUACCUCUUGGGGAACUUUUCUUCUUCCACCUAAUUUUGAUCCGAAAGGGAAUCACAACAUAUGAAUAUGUUGUUGCCGUGAGAGCACAAAGUGAGCCACCUGGACCGUCAAUAGAUGGAGGAGACGAGUAUAGCCAGCCACCUUCACCUACAAGCUCAGCUGUAACAGCCGCUAGUGGAAGAAGCUCUCUCGGAUUGAGUAUUCAAUACCGUGGUGCCUCCUUGUGCACACCUCCAAACAUAUUCAUGGAUCAAAAUGACGAUGUUAUCCAGCAUUUAGAGCCUGGAACUGCACGAUCCACCAUAGAUCCUGACUCCCUUACACAGAAGAAGCCACCUCAGCGUCAACAAGUAAGGAUCAACCCAUGGAAGCUAGCGAAACUCGACUCAAACGAAGCGUCUAAAGCAGCUGCUAAAGCACGUGCAUCUUCAUCAAUACUUCUUCCAGUAACUUCCAGACAGAACCCUCAUAAAACCAGCAGCAACGCAAGCGGGAGAAGCAGCCCUGCAAGUAGCCAUACACCAGCUUUGACAAGAGACCACUUCACCAACCCAAUGUACAUGUCAUCAUCAGCUAACGAGUCACCAUUAAACGAGGAAGAGACAAGGAACGUUGUUAUUGCAGCAGCAGCUAGAAGAAACAUGGCUACAAGCGAUGAGAGCUCAGUAGUUUGGGAUCAAGAAGCUGGCAGGUUUGUUUCGUCUUCUCUUCAGACUCCUGGAACAGAAUUGGCUACUUUUGGAGGAGGUUCUCUUAAUGCUGAUGAACGUCUCAAUAGUGUGAUUUCUUCUGGGAGUGAUGGUAGUAGAAGGGUCAGAGGAACACCGUUAACUGGUUACUACCAACAAGUUAGAUCACAAAGAGGUGGGCAGCUUCCAGUGUUUAUGCCUUCUGAUUCUCAAAUGCAUAGACACCUGUCUACUAGAUUCCAGUAGAAACAUUUUGUAGUAUGUAGGAGACAAACUUUUUUAAUUGAAGUUUCUUGCUUUUCUCAUUCUAAAUGUAUCAUUGACAUAAGC